AUGGCGAAGCGCAGUUACUCGCAAAAAAAGAAGAAGAAGAAGAAGAUGUUGACGACCUUGGGAGAAACUACGCGUAAUAAGAGUUCUGGGUCUCGAAUUUCUCAAUUGCUUAUCAUUCUAUUUUCGCUGCUUAUAGGAAUGUUGUUAGGAUACAAAAUACCUACCUCACGCCACGGAGAACCCUAUGGAUCUUACAAUACCGGAUUCAAAGAAGAAAAAAUCGUCAACAGUUUUCACAGGAGGCGUGGAUUUUUAGCCCCGACGGCGAGGAAAUUCUCAAACGGUCGCUUUAUGUUGGAGAGCCGUCCGCCCGAAAUUGAUGAAGCGUGGGAUGGCAUCAUUGGGCGGGGUUACGCAUUACUUUUCCAAUUUCUGAGAAGGAGGCGAUUGGGUUUUGGGGGUAAAGAUUAUGAGAAGUUAGAUCUCUUCCACUGUCUACACUGCCUGAAUCAAUUGCGGAAGGCGUUACGACGAGACGUCUAUCCCGAGGAAAAGUACCGCGGCAUGGUACAUCAACUACAAUGCAUUGAUCAUUUACGACAAGUCAUCCAGUGCCAAGCGACGUCUGUCAUCUCGCCUACCGAAUGGCGUGAUGGAUACGGCCAAUACGUUGCCCCGCAACAGGUGCAUACCUACCGCAACUUCGAGAAGCUACAUGAGUUCUCAAAGGCGAGGUGGAAUGGCAGUAUUUCUGUACCCAGAGGGAAGAGAGUGCCGCUGCAUCCGGAGCGAGUACACUCGUUACCCUGA